CCGGCUGUCCUGCGGCCGCAGCAGCUGCAUGCUCCUCCGCUCCCAGCCCUCGCUGAGGAUGGAAAAGCAGGCUCGCAGCUCCUCCAGGGAGCCCCACAAGGGAAACAGGGAGCCCACGGACUCGCAGGGCAGGAGAGAGAAGGGGGGGAGCAGAAGAGGAGCCAGCAGGGACAGGGAGGGGCUGAAAAGGGGGAAAGCCACGGAGGGCACGAGCCCCCCGGAGACACACAGGAGGGGGCAGAGCUCCACGGUGGUGGACGUGGAUGAGGUGGUGCCGUUCGACGAGGAAACAGAGGCAAUGGCGCUGCUGGAAAGCGAGCAACAGGAGGAAGGUCUGGCAGCUUCCAGUCGAGGCAUCUGUGAGUGGCUUCUUACCGUCUUGUCCCUUCUCUUCAUCAUAUUGACCUUCCCCAUUUCUGUCUGGUUCUGCAUGAAGAUCGUGCGGGAAUACGAGAGAGCCAUCGUGUUCCGACUUGGGCGCCUCCUUCCUGGAAGGCCCCGAGGGCCUGGCCUUUUCUUCUUCCUUCCCUGUCUGGAUACAUACCACAAGGUAGACCGUCGCCUCAAAACCCUAGCGAUCCCCUUCCAUGAGGUAGUGACCAAAGACAUGGUGACCGUGGAAAUAGAUGCCGUCUGCUACUACCGGAUGGAAAAUGCCUCGCUCCUGCUAACCAGUGUGGCCAACCUCUCCAAUGCUGUUCAGCUGCUGGUGCAGACAACCAUGAAGCGCCUGCUGGCCCAUCGAUCCUUCAGCGAAAUCCUCCUGGAAAGGAAGAGCAUUGGCCAGGAGAUGAAGGUCGCCUUGGAUGCAGUCACGUGUCGUUGGGGAAUCAAGGUGGAGAGAACAGAAAUCAACCACGUGCGGCUGCCAGCUGAACUGCAGCAGUCCCUGGCGGUGGAAGCAGAGGCCCAGAGACAGGCCAAAGUGCGGGUGAUCGCUGCCGAGGGGGAGAAGGCUGCCUCCGAAUCCCUGAAGAUGGCAGCUGAGAUCUUAGCCGGCUCCCCGGCUGCUGUCCAGCUCCGCUACCUGCACGCGCUGCAGUGCCUGUCUGCAGAGAAACCGUCCGCCAUCGUCCUCCCUUUGCCCUUUGACCUAAUGACUCUUGUAUCCACGGCGAGCCGCGGCGCCGGCCUUCCUGCCAGCGCGCCCAAGCACCCGGAGGCGCCGAAGGACAAGACGGACUCCCCCAUGCUCUAGAGCCACACUGGGGAGCCGGCCCUCAGAUGGGGCUGCCGCUGCUGGCCACUUCCCUUCAGUAGAGCACCACGGUCUGGCCUGCACCGGGCCCCAGCGGGAGCUGCGGAGGGGGGUGGGAUGGGAAGGGAAGCAAGCAGCGGCCUGGGUUAGAAAGUGGGCUGAACACAGAGAUCUGCAUUGGAAGAACAUUCCCAUCCAGUGUGGGCGCAGGACGGGGGCAGGGGUGGGAGCUCGCUCUGCCCCUCCCUGUUUCAUGGCUCCUUCUGCUCUGCCGUGCCGAGGAGCAGAGGGAUGGGAUAGCAGACUGCACCCCUGAACCCCUGCGCCGGAGCCCUCCCUGGCUUCUAGCAUCCCCACUACACAGCCUGGACAUUUGUAUUUUCUAUGAAAGGCCCCAAAGAAUCAAACUCUCCCUUCCCAGCCCCUCCACCAUGCUCCAGCUGGAGUCAUUCGCGGUGCUGAAGCUGGGUGCCCAGAUGCGAGGUGGCCCAACGGAGCGCCCUUUGUGCCACAUCAGAGGCCGGGGACUAGCCAGGGCUCCACACGAGUGGGCGGCGCUUGAGAGCGUGCUGCUCCGUUGCUCAUCGCAAAGCAGCCGUCUCCUGGAAGAAAGGCAGCUGGGGAGACGUGCAGGCCCAGGGACAGGGCGAGAAACACAAGAGCUUGCUCAGUCCCUCAUGAGAGCCCCCCUCUGGGGACAGGUGCCACCCCCACAGUCUCGGUGGGUUUCGGAGCUGCCGCCCCCUGCCUCCCAGCUGUGUUAAUGAACUAGCUCAGCGGGGCAGGGCGCCUGGAAACCAUUUGCCUCCAGACGCCUGGGGCAUCAGCUGAAUAAAGUGCGUGAAAACAUCUGCUUCGGAUUUACG